CAUGAAAAUAUAGGAACAUCAUUCUAAGUUCUUUGUUUAUAGAAUUUAGUAUUCUUACUAAUAUGUCUCGCUUCGUAGUCCUCGCUAUCUUCAUCCAGGCUUGCCUGCUCCAGAUGGUUCUGAGCCAGUCUUGCGGUUGCAACCAGUACGGUUCGUCCGGACUGAGCUCACAGAGCUGCGGCUCGUACGGCGGCACCGGCACCGGACAGGUGGGCGUGUCCGGCAACAUCGACGCGUGCGGCAACACCUGCGUGGUCGGCUCCGUGCCCGUGCUCGGCUCCGUGGACUUCGGCGGCUGCGUGCCCGCCUGCGGCUCCGUGUCCAUCAAGGGACAGUGCGGUUGCGGAUGCCAGUGAUUUUUCUAACUUGACUCAGUAUUUGUAAUAAAAGUUUAUAGUGAAUAA